UUCCGCCAACGGCGUAGUGGUCUGCGUAAAGAGCGCAGCUGCCCAGCCUGUCAUGCGCAGACUCGCACACAAAGGAAGAGAAGCGCUUGCCUCCUGUAGAGGAUCUGAUAAUCUCUCCCUAGAAAGCUCUUAGGAGCUCACCACCACCAGUAAAGCUGUAUAAGCACCGGGUUGACGGGACCGACGGAAGUGGCGCGUCAUACGGGGAGCUGUGUAGUGACAUCGCCAUGAGUUAUAAACCCAUUGCCCCUGCGCCGUCUGGCUCAAACCACACCCCUCCAGGUUCUCUGACACCAGACUGCUUUUAUGUUGCUGGUUCCAGUGUGCCCUCCCCAUCCUUACCUUCCUCAUCCAACUUUAGACCAGCUUUCAGUGACUUUGGCCCACCCUCCAUGGGCUUUGUUCAGCCGGUCAAAGUGUCCCAAGGGUCCACCUACAGUGAGCUUCUGUCAGUCAUUGAGGAGAUGAGCCGUGAGAUCCGGCCCACAUAUGCUGGGAGCAAGAGUGCGAUGGAGAGGCUAAAGAGAGGUAUCAUUCAUGCCCGUGCACUGGUCAGGGAGUGUCUGGCAGAGACGGAGAGAAGCGCCCGCACAUAACCUUGUGGAAAGAUCCCCUCAUCCAUCCCUGUCUUUCUUCUGUAGAAGCCAGCGCUCAUGAAGAUCCCAUCAUCUUUUUUUUUCCCCCAACCUCUGUUUCUUUCCUUAAUUUGUAUCCCCCCACCUUUUGUGCUUUUCUCAUCUGCUUUUUAUAGGCUCCAUUAUGUUCCUCUUGUCUCCACUGUACCCUGAAUUCCUUUACUCCCUUUUUCUCCAAGUUAAGCUCCAGCCUUUAUUUUACCUAUGGGGUGUAUUCAAAAUAUGUAUAGUUCAGGUUAUAGGAAGAGCUCAGAGCCUUUUUUUUUUUUUUUACCCAUUUUAGACAAGUGGGGGGUGGGGUGGGAUUUGAACAUGUUACUUAGCUGAGCGAUUGGUAAAAGGCAGUCUUUAUUAAAUGAAUAUAGCAGUUUGCUCGUUUUUUUUUUUGUUUUUUUUUUGCCUAAUAUCUGACAUCUGACCAAGAAAAUUGUCAGUUUUAUAUUUAAUGAAUGAAAUCAAUGUACACACUUCAUCUCUCCAAGCUGCUGUACUGAAUGCCACUUGACAACCAAAAGACCUGUUUGGCACCAUAUUCAUGUCUGUGCAAAAUCAUCUGGGCAUCUUGAAUAUACCCCAAUGCCACCGAUCAUUGCUUUGCGUUUCUAGCAUUUUGUAGUAGCCAUGCAUACUAGAUGUUUCUCCACUCCAAAAACUCUGUACAUCUCAAGUCAGUUUGUUAGUACGGUAAUUUUGUAAACCAGAUUUUUGCAGUUCGGUAUGUAUAUCUUAAUUAAAUAAUUGAAAAA